ACAUCUUAGUUUUACAACAUUUUUUCUCUCUCAAAGCUUUAACCAACAAAAAUGGUGCGUAUUCUUUCUUUUACACCACCGCCUCCUCCACCACCACCACCAUCGUUUAGAUCAAUUCCUCGUCCACCACCACCACCAUCUUUUAGAUCAAUUCCUCCUCGGCGGCAUUUCUUCAAAAAGAAAAGCAAAAGUCUACCACCACCACCACCACCGCUACCGCCAGCACGACCAUUUGGACCGAUUCUUCCUUGGCGGUAUUCUGUCAAAAGAAAAAGAACUAAUCGACCACAACCGUCUACGAUCCAGAAAGACAUGUUCACAUGGUACUUUCUCACCCUCAUGAUGCGCCAAAAACUCCAAAAACAAAACCAAAAACCCGAAGAGACACGAGAAGAAUGGGUGAUCUCAAUUAGAGACAAAAUGGAGCAAGCACUUAGAGAAGACGCCACAACUAGUUGGGACAAACUAUGUAUCUAUAGAGUUCCACAAUACCUUCAAGAGAACAACAAGAAGUCCUAUUUCCCUCAGACUGUCUCACUUGGUCCGUUCCACCAUGGCAACAAACAUCUCCUACCCAUGGACCGUCACAAGUGGCGUGCAGUCAAUAUGGUCAUGGCACGUACCAAACACGACAUUGAAAUGUAUAUUGACGCCAUGAAAGAACUCGAAGACAGGGCUCGUGCUUGCUAUGAAGGUCCUAUAGAUUUGAGCAGCAACAAGUUUAGUGAAAUGCUGGUUCUUGAUGGUUGUUUCGUUCUUGAACUCUUUAGAGGAGCUGAUGAAGGAUUCUCCGAACUAGGAUAUGAUCGUAACGAUCCAGUUUUCGCAAUGCGAGGAUCAAUGCAUUCGAUUCAACGUGACAUGGUAAUGCUAGAAAAUCAACUCCCUUUGUUUGUUCUCAACCGGUUAUUAGAGAUACAGCUUGGUAAACGGCACCAAACCGGUUUAGUGUCGCGAUUAGCAGUUCGGUUCUUUGAUCCACUAAUGCCAACCGACGAGCCGUUGACCAAAACCGACGACUCGCUGGAACAAGAUAAAUUCUUUAACCCAAUUGCUGAUAAGGACAAGGGUGAGUUGCACUGUCUAGAUGUUUUCCGUCGAAAUCUACUUCGGCCUUGUUCGAAUCCGGAGCCAAGGUUAUCACGAAUGAGAUGGUCAUGGAGAACUCGCGUGGCGGAUAAGCGCCAACAACAACUGAUACAUUGCGUGACCGAACUAAGAGAAGCCGGUAUUAAAUUCAGGACGAGGAAAACCGACCGGUUUUGGGAUAUUCGAUUCAAAAACGGUUAUCUCGAGAUACCAAAACUACUAAUCCAUGACGGUACCAAAUCUCUCUUCUCGAAUCUUAUAGCCUUCGAACAAUGUCAUAUUGACUCGAGCAACGAUAUAACAUCGUACAUAAUCUUUAUGGAUAAUCUAAUAGAUUCGUCGGAAGAUGUUAGGUAUUUGCAUUAUUGUGGUAUCAUCGAACAUUGGUUAGGGAAUGAUUAUGAAGUUGCGGAUUUGUUCAACCGGUUAUGUCAAGAAGUGGCUUUCGACCCCCAAAAUAGUUAUUUGUCACAAUUGUCGAAUAAAGUUGAUCGGAAUUAUAGCCGAAAGUGGAAUGUUCUGAAGGCGAUCUUAAAACACAAGUACUUCAAUAAUCCUUGGGCAUACUUCUCUUUUUUUGCUGCUCUUGUCCUGCUAGUUCUCACGUUAUUUCAGAGUUUCUUUACUGCUUAUCCUUAUUUUAACCCACCUUCUUGAUUUUCAUUAUUAUUCAGUAGUUUCCUUCAUUAAACUUGGAAUGUUUGUAACUUUUUUUCGAGCAUUUUUGUUUAUUUUAUUUUCUAUUGUAUUGCAAAAAUAAAAUCAGAAACUAAAAUUAAAAUUUUCC